GGCGGGCGGCGGUGGCGGCAGUGUGGCGGUGCUCGGGCAGUGCAGUGGCGCGGAGGUGCGGCGGCGGGUCCUAGGACGCCGCGGCCUCGCGGGACGUUUGUCCCGCUUCUCGGCCUGAAAUUCCUCUUGCUAGUCUUCUGUUCUGUUAAAUGCUUCGCAAACCAGAGCAAAGGAAGAGACCUGAAGAGUUGAAUUUCACUGCCUUGUUUGGAACUGGGUGGAAAUCCUGGAGAUGGAUCUCUUAGGAGACUGUCUUCCAUUUGGGUUAGAUGCACAGGAGCAAUGGAUCGCCCCAGCUACCUGGAAGAGGACUAUUCUAGCCUGGAUGGGCUGGACGAUGACGUGUUUCACUCUGAUGACUUUGGACUUGCAGGUCAGCCUGGUGAGAUGACUGCAACUGGCAUUUUCACACAGAACCAGUCCUACAGCUGCCUUCUGGGGAGGUUUCAACUAUUCCCCCUCACACAUUGCUGUGGUCCCGGUAUCAGGCAUCCUGAGCAGCAGGACAAGGCAACUCAAACACUCAGCCCGUCCUCUUCCAGUCAGGAUGUUAUGUUGCCUUGUGGAGUCACUGAGGAGCCUCGGAGACUCUUCUAUGGCAAUGCUGGUUACCGUUUACAUGUCCCUCCAGCUGGUUUUGCGUUGGAUCCACACCUCCAGGAGGAGCCUCAGGAAGGUCACCGGGAAGCGCGUGCCGAGGUGCAGCUGGCACGGAAGCUGCAGUGCAUUGCUGACCAGUUCCACCGGCUCCACAUACAGAGGCAUCAGCAGAACAGAAAUCAAGUGUGGUGGCAGCUUUUCCCCUUCCUACACAACCUGGCCUUGCAGACGGAGGCGAACAGGAACGGCCCCGGGCAGAGGUGAGCCGCUGGCAGCCCGCAGGGAGCACUGAACGAGCACUGGCUGGGGCGAGAGGCUGCGCAGCGCCGGCCGGCCGCGGGACUGCGUUUCUGACGCUCCUCUUCUCGUUCGGGGGUUAUGGACUCUCCUUUGCGGCUGCCUGCCCGCGCAGCGGGGAGCUCUUGUCCAACACUGUCAAGGAAAGCCAGAAUGUGGGGGUGUUUGGUGAAGCUUGCUGCUGGUUCCCGGUCAUCUCUGUGCAAGGGAGGCAGGCACCAGACCAACAGCUUCCUCUGCCCUCUGUCAGUCCGUGGCAGAGUGCAGGAGUGUCAUUUUGGCUGCUAGUUAAAAGGGAUGUCUGGGACUGAUGACUCUAAACAAACUUUGGGUAUCUUCCAGAGCAGAGAUGCUCAAAUCCUACACACACAAAGUCCUUUUUAGCAAUGGAAACAUCCAGGUGGCUUCUAUCCACCAGGUUGCUUGUUUUCUGCAUGGGUUACUGCUUGUUUCCUUGCACCCCGUGUGAGAGAAAAUCACAAAGCAGUCUGAAAUCUGAUCUCUUCAGUCUUUCCAUUGGGCACUGGUUGCAGCUCUUUCACAGGAAGUCAUUCUUUGUCAUUGCCAUCAAUGGGCAAAAUUAUUUCAGUAGAACAGUCUUAAAAUUAAACUUUCCUGGGAUUCCUGGUGGCUCUGGGCUCUGCCACUGUUUUCUUCCAGCUCAGUGUUGGCAGUGCCCGUGUGCCAGUGUGAAGCCACAAACACCAUUCUUCUGAAAUGCUAAUGCAUAUGUUUUGAUUAGCUGAUGAUGGGUGUUUACUUUGAUCUGGUUUUCUUUUCUUACUGCAGUGUGGCUGGCCAGGAAGGCUUAUGUCCCAGGCAUCCCCUAGUUUGGUUCAGGAUUCAACAGGGAAGUUAAUUAGCAACUGCUCUAACACGAAGACUGUACAGGCAGUCAGCCCUUUACCCCAGUGUGUAAUUUUUGGAGUCUGCUGUAAGCAUAUGUUGACUAGCAGCAGUAAUGUCACUUCAAGUGACUGUCUCUAAUAGGUCCUGGUUUGUGUGCACUCAGAAGUUUGUCCACGUGGCUCACACUGUUGGAGCAGCACAGGGAAACAACCCUAUCAAACUGAAGGAUGUGUGGCUGCUUCUCUGUAGCCUUAAAUACUGUCAGGCCACAAACCUGGUGACCACAAGGGCAAAAGACACAGAAAAGCAAUACAGACUGCAUUUUCUUCA